AGGCAAGUAGAAAGGAGUGCAGGCUGGGACAACACCAUGGCGUUCGCUGGUGAAGACGAGCAUGCUGAACUAAGAAAGAAGAUCAAAGAAUCAUUCCAGGUGUUUGACAGGGAGGGGAGGGGGGCAUGCGACGUCCGCGAGGUGGGGACCAUCAUCCGUUCCCUCAACAUCUUUCCCACAGAGAAGCAGCUGCAGAGGUGGAUCCACGAGAUCGAGGAGGAGGAGCCGACGGGAUUCAUCGUCUUCGACAAGUUCGAGGCACUCGCCGUCCGGCUCCUUACGGAGGAGGCCAUGAGUCACAAGCGCAACACCGAGGACGAAAUCCUCAUGGCGUUUCAGGCGCUGGACGUCGACAAGAAGGGGUACCUUGAAGCCGACGAGCUCGAGCGGCUCAUCACGUCCUAUGGCGAGAAGUUCUCAGAAGAGGAGGUCAAGGAGAUGAUAAUAGCUGCCGUUGACCCGGAGACGAACAAGGUGUAUUACGAAGACUAUGCAGAGAUGCUUGCAUCUGAAUGAGAUUGUUUUGAUGAAUGUGCGGCAUAAAAGCGGGGGAUCCCGACCAGUUUCGACCUCCUCACUUCACAGAUA